AUGCCAGUGGCAGCUCCACCGCUACCCAGCAGGCCAGGGCAGGUCCCUCCAGAAGACCCGCUCCCCGACGAGCCUCCUCCGCCUUAUGAGCCCACGCCCGCCGCCAACCAGCAAUCGCUCGAGUACGGGCCCGUCCGCCCCUUCCAGCCUCCCCCUCACGCUCCACCUCAGCAUCCGCCUCGGCCCUCCUCAUCGCCUUUCGCUCCUCCGCCUCGACCGCCUCUUGAUUCGCCAGGCCCGUCACUACCUCCACCGUCAUUCCCCUUCUGGAACGGCGCGAGCCUCACGCCCGCCCAGACCGGCUUCAGCGAGGGCAACCUGUACAACCAAGCGCCGCCUGCGCAGCCGCUCCCCUCGCCUUUCGGCUUUCCCCCCUCGCCUCAGCCCCAGUCGUCCUUCUCGCCUCCCCCUCACGCACCGCCUCAUCAAACUCACGCGCUCCCGCCGCCCUCACCCGCCCCGAGCCGCACCGGUCCGCAACGGUACGAGCCGACCGAGACGCCGACCCCAGGCCAGCCGCUCCUGAACCAGGGCAGGCUCCUCGUCUACCAGCCGGGCAAGGCCGUGUGCUGGAAGUGCGCCAACACGGGCUACAAGCCUUUUGACCCGUUCACGGGCUACCAGGGCGACGACCCGAGCCAUCCUUGUCGAAAGUGCUGGCAGAAGUACGGCCGACCCUACACGUCUGCGCUGCGCAUCUCGCUCCAAGACUCGUCGUCGCCCGUUCCGCCACACUACCAGCGCCCGCUGCGCCUCGUCCAGACGCCCCAGACGCGGCCCGCACCGCCCCAGGUCGUCUACUCGUCGGGCAGGUACAUGCCCAUGCAGCCAGGCGCAAUCGUCGUCCAGCCGGGCGACCCGAGGAUGGGCGGCAUCCUCUGUCGACGGUGCGGCGGCGACGGCCUCGUGCCGGGCUUCCUCCUCAUCGACGACGUGACGUGCGACGCGUGCAACGGCGCCGGGCGCGUCUUCCCGUGA